CAUUGACAAACUGACACCGACAGACACUAAUUAUUUAUUCAUCUUCUUAGCUACUUAACGAUAAUUAAUACACCGAUAGACAUUGUUUAAAUAUGUAAAAUUGUGCAGGACACGUUUUACCUUUUAUAAUUCUCACUCUUUUUAUGAAUCGCGAAGAUAAUAGUGUUGGCAAUGACGCAUUUUCCGUGUAUCUAAGGACUUAUAUGUAAACGUGAACAUCGUUCAGAAAAAAUGUUUCGUCAUCAGAUGUGCCGGUAUAAUUCAGAGGUGUAUAAUCGCGAAGAAAAGUAACAUUUUAAGAUUUUGUUCGUUUUCUCAUACGAACGAAUAACGUUCCUUUUGCCUUUAUGUACUUGUCGCAGUAUGUAGCUAUAGUUAACGUAAUUUGACGGAAUUGAUUUCUUUUUCGAAUAUUCCUAUCGAAUGAAUUCUAAUAUGAGAAAGACGUAGAGAAUUUAUAUAUUUUUAAACUGUUUGAUCGUGAAGAUGAAUUCUCACGAUCGAAUCGGUAACACGUAAGCGUCAAAGAUUUAUAGUUUUUAUUAUUUAGUCAUUCCGAAGAAAAUUUUCCUGAAAACUAUUCUGCUUACUGAUAUGUAAUUAUCAUUGAUCAUCUACGUAACGACCUAACGCUAUCAGGUCACAAAAUAGAAUGUGCGAUCACUAUCUCUUAGUGACGCACAAUAAGUUAACAUUUAAACAUUGCCAAAGUAAAGAACAUUACAUGGAGAGAUACAUUAAAGAUUUGUACUUUAAUUGUAUUAUCGUAGUACAGAUUGCGAAUGGUUUGAUUAGAUCUCUUCUUUCAGGUUUUGAUAAGACUUGGUAUUUCCAACAUUUAAAAGUGCUUCUUUACGUUGAAUAUCAGCUAUUCCUUUAUUGCCGUAUCAGUGCAUGUUCGACCAUCAAAGUGGAUUUUAGUAAUUUUCAAAAGGGUGUCUGCCAGAGUGUAAAAAAUAGUUACUAUAUUUUUUCCACACUCAUACUCGACUGAAAAGAAAAAUAAUAUCAGUGAUACAUACGUGAAUGAGCAAAGUUGUAACAAAUGUUGAACAGAGCAAUAAGAAGGCGAUUUGGUUAUCCAGUAAACAAGUUGUUGAAUGUGUAAAGAACGAGUUAAAGUCAUUCAAGUCUUGUCAACGCUAAUAGUUGAAAAGUUUUUUUUUGGUUAUGAUACAGUGUGUUAUAAGUUGACAGUCUUAUUUUAUCAACUGUUAGAUCGUUAUAGUACUUUUGUUGAAGAGUAAUUUUAUUUUCAUAUACUAACGUUAAUGAAUUUAUGGUGACUAAUUUUUUUUUUAUUACUUUUAACGACCGAGCAACAGCUUCUUACGUGUGGUCUGAGGAGUUAAAAUCCACAAAUAUGUCAAAAAAUCCCUCGGAUUACGUGAAAGCCAUAGAAGGUGGUGUUCAACCGACACAGAUGUCGGAGACAAAAAUUUAUAAAAGACGAUGGCUCGUAUUGGGAAUAUUUGUAUUAUACAGUGCGAGCAAUGCUUUACAGUGGAUUCAAUACAGUAUUAUUUCAAAUAUUGUAAUGAAAUAUUAUGGUAUAUCGAGCCUUACUGUUGACAUGACCAGCAUGAUUUAUAUGAUUAUGUACAUCCCAUUCAUAUUUCCAGCGAGCUAUUUUCUCGACAAAUUCGGUUUGCGAUACGCUGUCAUUUUGGGGGCUUUGGGUACAGCAGUAGGCUCAUGGAUAAAAGUCUUCAGUGUAUCACCUGAUCGUUUUUGGGUUACGUUUGUGGGUCAUACAAUUGUUGCUUUGAGUCAAACAUGCGUCUUGUCAGUGCCAGCACGAUUGGCAGCCGUGUGGUUUGGUCCGGAUCAAGUAAGCAGUGCCUGCAGCAUCGGUGUUUUUGGAAAUCAGUUAGGUGUUGCUAUCGGCUUUCUAUUUCCGCCAAUGUUAGUCAAAAGCAGCACGGACAACGCAAUCAUUGGUGGAGGUCUUCAGGUGAUGUUCUACAUUGUGGCUGCUUUGACGUCCAUCAUUUUGGUUCUUAUACUUCUUUUUUUCAAGGAGCAACCACCACUUCCGCCAAGUCCUGCUCAAGCUUUUCAAAGGGAGACUGAAUCUUCUGAAAACUUUUUCCACUCUAUCAAGAGGCUCGUUACUAAUAGUGGUUACAUUCUGCUCUUACUGAGUUAUGGCAUCAAUGUGGGAAUAUUCUACGCCAUUAGCACAUUGCUCAAUCGAAUUGUCCUCGCACAUUUUGCCAAUCACGAGGAAGAUGCUGGAAGAAUUGGAUUAACUAUAGUUUGCGCUGGAAUGAUGGGAUCCGUCGCAUGUGGCGUUAUUCUUGAUAAAACGCACAGAUUCAAAGAAACAACAUUAGGAGUUUAUCUCUUAUCGCUCAUUGGUAUGAUUAUCUUCACCUUUACAUUAGAUUGUGGAAAGAUUUACGUAGUGUACAUCACAGCCGGUAUGUUGGGAUUUUUCAUGACGGGUUAUCUACCAGUUGGUUUUGAAUUUGCAACGGAGCUAACCUACCCUGAACCGGAAGGAACGUCAGCUGGCAUACUGAAUGCAGGAACACAAGCCUUUGGUAUUGCAUUCACCAUGCUGUAUGGUUAUCUUUUUGAUAUUUGGGGUGAUUUUUGGGCAAACAUUGCUCUUUGCAUUACUUUGGCACUUGGAAGUUUUCUCACCGUGGUCAUUCCUAAUGACCUAAGAAGACAAAGAGCCAAAGUUUGAGCUUCCACCGACGUAAGACAUUUUCGGAAAGUUGUGAAAAAAAAUAUUAUUCUUCGAGUUGUACCAAGAAGGCAUCUGCCAAAUGUGCCAAAUCUUAGAAACGAUUUAGAUCCAUAAGAAGAUUCAUAGUUUUGCACAAGCAUCAUAUAUACAUAUAUAAAAGUAGUAUCAAAAGUAUUCGUGCGAGUAUUUACGUACCAAAGUCAGUAGACAGGAGGUACAUACAAAAUGGCAGGAUAUUCAGCAGUGUUACUCAAAAUAGUAUUGCACCAACUGAAGUUAGCCCGUCCAUUUGAUUGUUAUGGUAGAAUCACCAUUCAGACGAUGCAAUGCUCUUGAAUAACGCUGCAGUAUGAUUAUAGUAGCAGCCAAAUGAGAUAGAAUGAAAGUGAUUAGAAAGGCAAAAUAUAUAAAGAAAGUCCUAACUUUACGAUCCGUGCUGUCUUAUAGAUCAUUAGCUUAGAUAAACGUAUCAGGUGACACGGUUGAUAACCAUAGUUGCAUAAUAUACCGUAUCAAGAACUUUGUGUAAAGCAACCCCACAAAUCAUCUUCUAAAAUUAUUUUCCGUCCCCGAAAAGCAACGCAAUUCCUCUUCAUUUAUGUGCAUUUAAUCGUAAUAGACGAAAUUCAUAAGCAGAAUAUAGAUUACGUUCGAAAAUUCUCUGAUAGCAAUUCGAGUAAAAAACGUCUUCAUACGUGAGAGAAACACAGCCAUGUUCGUAAUACUGACAGUGAAGUUUUGAAAGUAAUUCAAGAAUGAUAAUAUCAUAGAAUACAAAGCCAUAUCAAGUUAUCGUGAAUAAGCAACGUUAAUACAUAAUACGGAAGAGUCAACAAAAUAAUUAAAAAUGUUGUCUUUCACAAAAGCAUAGUAUAUGAAAUGAUAGGUCAGCAUAAACAUGGUAUUGGGAUAUCUCGUAAGUCGAAUUUAGUUCUUUAGAAAUAAAUAAUACGUAGUAUUCGGGACCACGUAUUAACAACGCAAACGGCAGACUUUCGUAACGUCAUAUAUAAUUGAAUCAAAUUGAAAUAAUGACAAAUGUGUAUGCGAGUGUGGGGAGACACGAGUUAUUUUAUAAAUUGGAAUUUAUUAAUUUUACCGGAUCGUAUGAUUUAUCAUAGGAAUGAACAGGCGUUUUAAAAGAGCCUUCUGUAGGUUUCUGGUCUGUUAUCGUCUUAUCAUGUUUUUACUAUAUUUUAUGAAGACAUAUGUACGUACUCGUGUUAUUUUUUCAUAGAUUAUAAAAUGUUAAUAAUACCGGAGUACCUAAAACGUGAUAUGGGCGUAUCUACAGCAUUAUUAGUCAAUUAACGUGAUACUUGCUGUACUAUUGCUCUACUAUUUUUUUGAUAAAUUGUUACAUAUUAAAUUCGUCUUAUCAUGGAUGUAUUUUAUUAUAAAUGUAUGCGUGUUCAUAUACUGCAUUUACGUAUUCGACUCUAUUUGAGAAUAUGCCUGGCAGUCAAGUGUGAUUUUUGAGUGCUUGAAAGAUGGGUCCACGGUGUUCGUUUCUGUUAUUCCCGGUAUUUGGAUUUUAAUCCAAUUACAAUCACGUAUGUGCAUUUGUAAAUUUUUAUAUCCUUUUGAAUUAUCGUAAUGGGAUUGUACAGUUGUAUGUCAAAAGGGAAAUGUUGAAAGCUUUUAGUGUAUGUAAUGAGUACGAUUUUUUGUGAAAAUUUCAGAGUUUCAGCGAAUAGAUUAAUUCUAAUUCGUGAAUCAAUUGUGUUGUUAAUAAAAUUGUUGCUCUCGGAGGAUUGUUUGUUUAAUUAAAUAUUAUAAUAAUAAUAAUAGCGUCUUUAUUGUCAAGAUGUCACAGGGCGAGAGUCAGCUGUAGUAUAAGUAACUGCUUUGCAUUCUGAUCCCUGUAGUUAAUAUAAUAAAAUAAUAUAUUGAA